AUGGAAUCCGGUUCUACAUUAAAUACUUUAAAUUUUUAUUCAAAAACAGACACAAGUUUAUAUCCAGUGGAAAUAAAAUCAUCUACAAACUUGGAAGGAAUUUUAAUCGAGUCUAGUUCGGAAUCAACUGUACAUUCUAAGGAGUUGAAGUUAUAUCAAAAAGAUGCGAAAUCAUCCAAAAAAAUUGAAGACAACUCGUCACAAAUUUCUAUUAAAGAAUUUUUAAAUUUUUUGAAGGUAGCAUAUCAGGUUCAAGAUAGUAUAGAAAAUGUUCUUACAGCAAAUGGAAUGAUAGAAGCAGUGGAUUGGUUAAAAAGAAAGGAAACGCUUCUAUUGUUAAGUCAAAAUAGCGUCAGUAGUCAAACUAUACCAGAAAUAUAUCAAGAAAGACUACCAGAUGAAAAAAAGGAAAUUAUUAUUCGCCGCAAAAGUGCAUCAUCAUUAGGCUCAACAUGUGACCCGGAACCACUAAAACGAAAACUAAGUGACCUAGUCACUGAUGGUUUGCUUGACUCUGUUCUCCCAUAUUUGGUAAAUAACACAGCUUCAAAAAAAAGUUUGGUGUCCGUCAAGGUUAAUGAAAAACUUCCAACAAGUGCAUCUGCCACAUAUGUUACGCAAAAUGAAAAACUUGGCAGAAGAAAGUCGAGCGAAGCAGUCUUAAAAAAUAUCGCAACUAAAUCUCAAUCAGAAGUGGAGAUACACGUUUGUGAUGAAGUUAAAAAUGCUAAGAAAACGUUUUUUUGUAACCAAAAUUUGCUUGUUACUAAAAUGGGUUACUUUGCUGAAGUAACACAAGGUCAACGUUUGGAAGAUAUGGACAUUUCGGUGCAUUGCGACAUUGGAAUUUUUGAAUGGUUAAUGGAAUGGGUGAGAAAAGAUUCCCUUCCAGAGGCAGAAUGGCCUAAACUGGAUUCUCAAUUAGUCAUUCCGAUUCUCGUUUCUGCUGCGUUUUUACAGAUGGAACCAUUAUUGGAAGAUUGCUUACGAUUUUGUCAUGAACAUAUGAACGAAAUAUUGAGAACAACUACAAAUUUAUCUUGUUUAAAUGAUUCAGUAGUCAGUAGGUUAGCUGCUAUGUACACCAAUGUUGAAAUUGAAGCCAUUAAGGACAAGAAGGAUAAAAUCCAAUCUCGCCUUUUUUCGAAGCUUAUUCAAUCAUUGGCAGAACCGGAACCUGAAAUGCUUAGAGGACAUUGGUGUUCAUUGGCCAGAGUAUUUCGAUGCGAAAAAUGCCAACUGCUGAUUACUCCAAAAGUAGCCCCAAUGAUUCCCUGUAUACCGCAAUGUAUGAGAUUGCAACCGGAUGGAUCAGUCUUAAGUCUGCACGUGAAGGACCCAUCUUGGAAUAUUAACACGUAUAUUCUAAAGCUGUACAAAAAAUUGAAAACCUGGCGAAAAGUAUAUUGGAGACUUUGGGGUGAUGCACAUUUUCUGUUCUGCGGAGUCUGUAAGCGUUAUUUUCCGGCCAAUCAAAUUGGGUGGUGUCGCUAUCAUCCGGAUUCGGCGCAGUUUUUUACUGUAGAUGCACAAAGGGCGCAUUUGCCUAUAGGAAGGUUCCCUUGUUGCGGUGAAAGGGCAUAUAAAUUUCAGUUACUGGAAAAUUUUAAUGGUUGUCAUUUUAGACAACAUUUGGUUUACAAUGAUGAUUUAAAAGAUUCUGCAAUUUUCUCCAUGUUGGAAACAUACAGACAUUUAAUAGAAGAAGAACCGCCACAACUGUUAUUUCCUGAAAAAUUGACAAGACUAGUAGCAAGAGAUCCUAAUUCAGCAGAUAAAAAAUUCGUUUGUAAAGAGGUGUUCUGGUGGGAUGGUAUAGAAAUUAUUCCACCUCGACCGAAACUUGGACUACUCGGAAAUUUCAGUAAUAGAUGCACGGAAGAAUAUCAUGGUUCAGAAGAAAGUUCGGAGGAAUUAACUGAAGAAGAAUCACCUUCUUCGGUCUCUUCAGGUUCGGAAGGAAGUGCUGAAAGUAAUCCUCGACCAAGAAGAAAGGCUCUUAGAAGGCGUAAACCCAAACGAAAAUUAAUGACUAGUCUGUGGCAGCAAAAUUUAUCUGCAAGAAGUAAUCAGGACAUUCAACGUUCUUAUGAAGAGAAAACAAUUAGAGAAAUAACAGAAUUCCUAACUAGGAAUGUUAGUGUUGAGAAUCUUGUUAGAGGAAGAAGUGUGUCCAAGAACUCCACGCCUGUGGGAGGUGUUUGGGUACGACUAGAAGCUGAAUGGCGUGAAUAUGCAACUCAUUUAAAAAAUAUUGCUAAGCAACAACCACCCACACCUAUAUGCCAAACAAAAUUCAACAGAUUCAAGACUAAAUAA